AUGCCCCUGUCAAAGAGAGCUCUCUGUUCCACCCUUACACAACCGCUAGCCCUGUAUUUACACAACCCUUGGUGGUCUAGGCUAGCCCUGUAUUUACACAACAUUUGGUGGUCUAGGCUAGCCCUGUAUUUACACAACAGUUGGUGGUCUAGGCUAGCCCUGUAUUUACACAACAGUUGGUGGUCUAGGCUAGCCCUGUAUUUACACAACAUUUGGUGGUCUAGGCUAGCCCUGUAUUUACACAACAUUUGGUGGUCUAGGCUAGCCCUGUAUUUACACAACAUUUGGUGGUCUAGGCUAGCCCUGUAUUUACACAACAUUUGGUGGUCUAGGCUAGCCCUGUAUUUACACAACCCUUGGUGGUCUAGGCUAGCCCUGUAUUUACACAACAGUUGGUGGUCUAGGCUAGCCCUGUAUUUACACAACCGUUGGUGGUCUAGGCUAGCCCUGUAUUUACACAACCGUUGGUGGUCUAGGCUAGCCCUGUAUUUACACAACCGUUGUGCUAGGCGAGCCCUGUAUUUACACAACCGUUGUGCUAGGCGAGCCCUGUAUUUACACAACCGUUGUGCUAGGCGAGCCCUGUAUUUACACAACCGUUGUGCUAGGCGAGCCCUGUAUUUACACAACCGUUGUGCUAGGCGAGCCCUGUAUUUACACAACCGUUGUGCUAGGCGAGCCCUGUAUUUACACAACCGUUGUGCUAGGCGAGCCCUGUAUUUACACAACCGUUGUGCUUGGCUAGCCCUGUAUUUACACAACCAUUGUACUAGGCUAGCCCUGUAUUUACACAACCAUUGGUCCAGGCUAGCCCUGUAUUUACACAACCAUUGUGCUAGGAGAGCCCUGUAUUUACACAACCAUUGUUCUAGGAGAGCCCUGUAUUUACACAACCAUUGUUCUAGGUUAGCCCUGUAUUUACACAACCAUUGUUCUAGGUUAGCCCUGUAUUUACCCAACCAUUGUUCUAGGUUAGCCCUGUAUUUACACAACCAUUGUUCUAGGUUAGCCCUGUAUUUACCCAACCAUUGUUCUAGGUUAGCCCUGUAUUUACACAACCAUUGUUCUAGAUCUCGGAGGCACUGUCUGUGA